AUGCAAAAAUCAAAAAUGAUAAGUAAAAUAAAAAGGGGAGAACUAAAAGAAAAUGAUAAGGUAUUAGAUAUAAAUUUAUUAAAUGGGAACAUUGAAAAGUAUGAUAGACAUAAACUAAGAACUGUUUUAAGGAAUUGUAUUCGUCAUAACAAUAGAUUAUUAAAUUAUCAUAAAUAUAAAGAAGUCAUAGAUAACUUUGAUUCAUUUAAAAGUGUUUUUAUUAUAUAUACAAAUAGUUUUUUAAAUAAAAAUAAAAUUUUUAGUAAUAAUUUUCGAUAUUCUAAAAUAGUAAGAAUUAUAAAUUUAAAUAAAAAAGGCAAAAGAUUAAUAUAUGGAGAUAAUUUCAUAAAAGAGAAUUUAUUAAUGCUAAAUAGAAAAAUUACGAAAAAUGGAAGCACUAAUAUAUUAUUAGAAGAAAAAGAAUAUUCAAAACAGAAUUAUUCCAAUGGAGAUAAAAAAUUUGAAAUUAUUAAUUUUUAUUACAAUAUAAAAAAAAAUGAUUUGGAAAAAUUAGACAAAAUUAUUACGAACAGUACGUUAACAUUACCUACAUUUAGUUACUUCGAUAUAUAUUUAUUUAGUAAUAACAAAAAAUUAAAGUACGAAAUAAAUAAAAAAAAUAUUAAGUAUAUUGACAUUAAUUCUGUUUUAUAUUGCUUGUACAUAUCUAUUGUCAUUGCGUAUAUUAAUUUAAAAGAUUUCCAUAAUGCUAAAGUUAAAUUUUUUGAAUAUAUUUAUUUAAAAAGAAAAUUAAAAAAAAUUAAUAAACAUUGUUACGAUAAUGAAAAAAAAAAAAUAAGAAUAACUAGUUUAUUCCCAUCGGAAUUGAAAAGCAAAAUAUACAAUUAUUAUGACAUUUUAUAUGAAAAAAAGGCUUCAUCUUUUUUAUUAAAAAGAGAAAUAGAAAAAAGUAAAAAACACCAAAAAAGUAAAGCAUUUGUUAUUAGAAACACAUAUAAUAAUAAAUUUAAUAUUAUGAACAUUGCUAAUAAAAAUGAUUUCUCAAAUGAAAAUGCAUAUAAAAACAAUGAUAUAAUUCAGAAAAAAGAAAUUUCAAAUAAUGAUAAUGUUAAAAAAAUGAAUAAAGUUGAUAAUGAAUAUUAUAAUAAUAGCAAUAUAGAUGAGUUUAAUUAUUUAAAAAAUUAUAAAACUAAAUCUUCUAAGUUAUACCAUAGUAUUUAUAAAGAAGAUAUAAAAGAUUUAAGAAAAGUAGGAAAUAAUAAUUCCAUUUAUUCAAAUGAAAUAAAUAGUGGCAUUAUUUUAAAAGAACAUAGUUCUUUAAGAAGUAAAAAUAAACUUCUUUUUAAUGAAAAGUUAAAAAAACAAAAAAAAAGAAAGAAAGAAAAACAGGAUUUAACAUUAGAUGAGUAUUUGUUAUUUUUAAAAAUAAAAUAUAAACAAAAAUCUUUAGAAAAGUUAACAGAAGUUAUAAAAAGUAUUCCUUUAAAUGAUAAAAUAUGUAAUAUAAAAAAAUUAAGAAAUAUAGUGAAUAGUGAAUAUAUUGAAAAAAAAAAUAUGUCUAAAAAAGAAAGAAUUUUAAAAAAUUUGAUAAAAAUUAAGGAUAAGAAAUACUAUUUCUAUAAUUAUUUUUUUGAUGUUUUAAUUUAUUUUUCUUAUUUUAAACAGAUAAACAUCAUUGAAGGGUUAUUAAUAAUGGCUUUAAUAUUUAGUAAAUUAAAUUUCAUAAAUAUUUCCAUAUAUAUAUAUAAAAAUAUUUAUUUGUAUUUUUAUUAUAUUUUUGAGAAUUAUCAAAAGAAAUGGAAAGCAUUUGAUAUAAUUCAUGAGAUUAAUAAACUAAAUUCAUUUAAUAUAGAAGAAAAUAUAGAUUAUUUAAAUAAAAAUACUGAAUUAAAAAAAGAAGAUACUUUAAAAAAUAAAAGAAAAAUUUUAAAUGAAAAGUACAUCUUAAAUAACAAAGAGGAAUUAAAUGAUAAGAAUCUUUAUUUUUCUUCUUCAAUAUUAUAUAACAUUAGUAGACAAUACAGUAAAAAUGAUAAUAAUAAAUAUAGUAACUUUUUUAUAAAUAAUAAAAAAAUUCUUCUUGCAUAUAAUAGUCUUAUGAAACUUUUAAGAAAAAAUAAUAAUUUUUAUUUUAUAAAUUAUUGGGAUGAACAUUCUUAUUCCAAAUAUUGUAAUUAUUUCUUUUUAAAUAAAUCACUGAGAAUUCAUUUUAAUAAUAUUAGUGAUAUAAUUUCAAUGAGUGUUAUAAAAAAUUCAAUUUUUUUAAAUUAUAAAUAUAUUUAUAAUGGAUUAAAAAAACAUAUGUUAAUUUACUUGAAUCUAAUAAAUUAUAUAGAAACUAAGUAUAUGUUUUAUCAGAAUAAUUAUAAUUUAAAAAAUAUAAUAUAUUAUUUAUAUUUAGACAAAAUUAUAAAAAAUUAUGAUUCGAAUAUUUUAACAUAUGAAAAAAAUAUGUAUGUAAUGAAAAGAAUAAUUUUUUUGGAUAAUAAUAUAAGUUCAUUUCAUAUUAAUGAAAAUAGUUUGUUGAAUGAUUAUGAUUUAAAAUAUGUUUUUUUUAAAAUAUAUUUAAAUCUUUAUAAAAAGAAUUCUUUAAUAUUACAUGACAAAAGAAGUAAAAAUGAAGACGAACUUUAUGUUAAUAAUUCGAAUAAUAAAUAUAAUAUAAAUAAUGAAGAAUACAACAAAUUUUAUAAACUUAAUAAGAAUAAAAGCAAUUAUAAUUUAAAGAAAAGUUUAAAUAAUACUAUGGAAUUAAAAAAUAAUAGGGAUAAUUAUGCAAAUAUAGAGAAUAAAAUUAAUAAUAACUUAAAAGACUAUGUGAGUAAUUUUUCUUAUGAUACUUUUAAGAGUUCUAAUUUCCUAAUUAAAGAAGAUAGAAUAGACAAAAACGUCUCAAGUAAUUAUAUAGAUAAUAAUUAUAAUAUUUUAAAUAAUAAUCAAAGAGGAAAUGUAAAUGAUGAAUUCGAAAAAGUUAUAUUUAAAAAAGACUUCGUUAAUAGUUUUAAUACUAAUUCUGAAAACAUUGAUAAAAUUUAUAUUAAUAAUAAAAAUAAUAGGAGCUUAAGUUAUAUUAAUUACUGCGACAAGUUCAAUAAUAAAAGAUACAAUUCUGAUAUUGUGUUAAAUAGAUCAAAAGAAAUUUUAAAAACUCAUAAUAAUGAUAUUAACAUAAAAAGUUAUACCUUUUCUAAUGACUUAAAUGAAAACAGGGGAAUAAAUAUAAAUCCUAUAUCAUAUGAUAACCAUACUAUAUAUGAUAAUGAAAAAAAGUGUUAUAACAAAGAAAAGAAUGAUAAUUUUAUUGACACAAUUUUUAAAAAAAGAAUUAAUAAAAAUAUAUUCGGUAUAAAUAGAAAUAUAAGUGAGGAUGAUAUUAUAAAUUUGAAAUCAUAUAAUUUGAAAAAAGUUUUUAAUUUUCAGAAUAAUGAAUUGAAAAUAUUAAUUUAUAAUUUUUUAUAUUUGCAUAUUUUUGAUGAAUACUUAUAUGUAAAUACACAUAAAAAAGAUAUAAAUGAAUAUUUUAAUUUUGUUAAUGUUUUAAAACGAAAACAAAAAUUAAGAUAUAAUUUCUAUAAUUUUCUGUGUAAGUCAAGUAAAGAUAUAGGCGAUGAAAUAUCAUAUUACAAAAAAUAUAUAAAAGAAAAAUAUUUAAAUAAAAAUAAAAAAAAGGAUAAUAAGAUAUAUAAUUCAUUGUUUAAAAAUAGAACUAUUGACGUCAAAAUGAAAAAAAAUAUUCAUAAGACAAAAAGAGAAAAAAAAUUAUCUAAAAAAAAUGAGGACUACAAAAGCUUAAAAGAACAUAAAAAAAUACAUAUAGAUUCUAUAUUAAUAAACAAUAAAAAAAAUUAUAAUUUUAAAAGUAUAAAUUUAUUAAGAGAAGCAUAUAGAAAGAAUUUUAUUAGUUCUAAUGUUAAAAUUAAUAUAGAAAAAUAUGAACAUAUUUAUUUCUUAUUUUUAAUAACUGAAAUAUUAUCAGUUAUAAUAUUACCUUAUAUUAAUUUUCAUAUCUCCUUUAUUUAUAUAAAUUUUAAAAAGAAUUAUCAUAAUAAUAAAUUUGAACAUAUAGAAAAUUUUAGGUUAGAAAACAGUGGUAUAUUCAAUAAACAUACCUGUUAUAAGAAAUAUGAUAAUAGGUUAAAUAAACUUCAAAAAUCAUUGAUAUACACAAAAAGAAAAUUUUCAUCGAACGAUUUCUGUCUUCAAAAAAAAAAAAAAAAAUUACUUUAUUCUCCUGUAAAUGGUAGUGGUAUAAUGCUUUUUAAAAAAAAAAAAACUCUAAGUAAAAUAAAAAAUGAAAGAUAUAAUAAACAGAAAUAUUAUUUAUUAAAUGAUAAAAAAGAAAAGAGGAAAAAUAUAUUUAAUAAAAAAUAUUCUUCAGAUUUAAAGAAAAUAAGUAAGAAAUAUGAUCAUAUUAAUGAAAAUACUUAUUAUAUAAGCUUAUGUAAUUUUAUUAAACUGAAUGAGGAAACAAAAAGAAUCAAUAAUUUAUCAUUGGAGCUAAAAAAUGUUAUAGAAAACAAUUUCUUAUUUAAUGAUUAUUAUCAUGUAUAUAUUUCUGAAUUAAAUAAAAAAUUUAAUAACAAAGGCAGAUAUUUUCUUAUAAAGAAGUAUGAACAAAUUAUAGCAUUAGCAUUUUUUACUAGGUUUAAUACUUAUUUAAUUUUCUCUAUAUAUCAACGUAUUGCAUUAAUAAAUUAUUUAUAUGCAAACUAUCAUUUAGUUACAUCUAUUUUGAGGUAUAUUAAUCAUAUACAUUGUAAAUUGAUAAAUCAACACGCAUAUAAUUAUCUUAAAAAAAAAAUUGAACUAAAAAAUAAUAAAGUAGAAGAGAAAGAAGAAAAUAUAAAAGAACUAAGUGAAAAAAGAUUAAAUUAUAAUUUAGAACAUAAUAAAAUAGAUUUUCUUUUUUAUAUGAAGAAUGAAGAUAUUCAUUAUGAUGAUUAUAUAAUUAAUACAUAUAGUACAAAUUAUAUAAAUGAUAAGAAUAACUUAAACGAAAAAAGUAAUUUUUUGAAUGAAAAGAAAAAUUUUUAUGAAAAGUUGUGCGAAAUAAAAUCAUUUAGGUUUUCCUUGUUUUUUGACAUUUUCUUUGAAUUAAAAGUAAAUUUCAAUUAUUUGCAUAGUGGACACAUAUGUGUACAAAACUCUUUAAAAUAUUUGUUUUUUUUUUUAAAGAAUGCUCAUAAAUUUAAUUUAAUUAUUGAUUCUAGACAGAAAAAAGAUAAAAGAAAAAGCAAUAAAACAAAAGAUUUUAAUAAAAUAGGUACAUAUGUUAAGGAAAAAUCAGGUGUAGUUCUAUCGAAGGAUAAAUUUAUAAAAAUGUUCAAAAAAGAUAAAAAAAACAUAAAUAUUAAAGAAGCAUUUUAUGAUACUUAUAUUUCUAUGAAUCAUAAAAAUGAUGAUUUAAUAUAUAAUAAUUCUUAUUUCAAGGAAGACAAUUGCUAUUUAAAAGGCAAAUGUUCACAUUUUAAUAAUAAAUGCUCUUUUAAGGAGAAAUAUACUAAUAAAAAUACAUAUAAUGUAAAUGAAAGGGAUCAAUCAAAAGGAGAGAAUUUUUUUCAUCAUAAAAUUGAUAUAAAUAAAUUAAGAGGUAGUAAACUAUAUUACAUAAUAGGAAUUUCAUUAUUAAAGCAAAUAAAUAAUAAUUAUUAUUAUGAUAAUAUAAAAGAAAUAAACUUAAUAUAUAAAAAAGAAUUAAUAAAUAAAGAAAUAAAUAUAAGUAAUAUUGCAAAAAAUGAUUAUUUAGAAUUAUUAAAUCUAAGCUAUAAGUACAUAAUUAAAAGUAUUAACGUAGAUCAUAAUAAUAUAUUAAGUUAUUAUUAUUUGUGUGUUAUUUAUUUAUAUAAAUUAAAAAUUAAGAAAUGUAUUUAUAUUUGUAAGAAUUUUCUUUUAAAAAAUUUUUAUAAUGUAUAUGCUUUCCCUUUUUUUUUAUUAAGUAUAGUAGCAGCAAGCUCAAGAAGAGUUAAGGAUAAGAAAUUUGUUCACAGAAGAGAUUGUGUUUAUAAUAAAAAAAUGAAAAAAUAUUAUGACAACAAUUAUGACUGUAAUGAUAAUAUAUCUGAUUAUAAUAAAAAAAAAAUAGAUGAUUCUUCUAUUUUUGAGCAUUAUGGCAAUCAAUAUAAAUCAUUAAUUAGUAAGUUAAAUUAUAAAUCACCUAAUUUCUAUAAUUAUAUUACAAAUAUUAAUGAUGUAUUCGGAUCAUAUGAUACGAAUAAAAAAAAAAAAAAAAGGGAUUUAUUUAACAUUUACGACAACUUAUUCAGUUUUGAUUUUAAUAAAUAUGGUAAGAAAAAAGUUAGUGAUACUGAAAAACCUAAUAUUGCAAAAAAUGAUAAAAAAAUGAUGCAUUCAAAUGAAAAGCAAAUAGAUACAAAAAAAGAAAAACAUAUAUUGCUUGAAGAUAAUAAUGUAAAUUGUAAAUUUAAUAAAAAUAAAAUAUAUAAUAAUAUAGUACAAAUGGAAAAAAAGCAUAUUAUUAAAAACCACAGCAGUAUUUUUAAUAAAAGAGAACAUAUUGAUAGCAAACAUAAAAAUUUUGAUAAUAACAGUCUACUUGAAAAAAGUUAUAUUAACAAAACUUCUUUUUUAAUUUUAAACAAAGCUCUUAAUUUCUUUUCAAAUAAUUUUUUUUUUUUUUAUAUUUAUGUCCAUUUCUUAAUUAAUUUUUUUUGUAUUUAUGAUAUUUUUUUUUUUUGGGAAAGAGAAAAUAAUAACAAAAACAAAAAUAAAAGUUUCAAAAAAACACAUUUAGGAUAUUCAAUAUUGCAAGAAAUAUCAGAAAAAUAUAAAAUUAAAUCAAAUGUAAGUUCUUCAUCAGAUAUAUUUUUUAUAGAAGAUCUAGUUGGUUGUAAAGAUUUUGGUUAUUCUUCUGAUAAUAUUAUUGAUACAAAUAAUGAAAAUUCUAUAAAAGAUUCUGAAUUAUAUUUUAAAGAUCAUAAAGAUAUAAAAUGUUUUAACAGUUUAUUGAAAAAUGGAAAAUCAAGAAAAAAUAAGUUAGCGCAUAAUAUUAAAGAAGAAAUUAAUAAAAUUCAUUUUUUUUUUAAAAUUUUAGGAAAAAAGGAUAUUAAAACUAAUGAAGUAGAAAUGAAAAGAAGAAAUGCACACUUAAAAAAAAAUAAGAAUAAAAUUCAUGAUAAUGAAGUUGCCAAAGAAAUAAAUUUAUAUGAAAGACAAAACAGUGGGAAUAAUAGAAGUAUCCAUAAUUUUAAUAAAAGUCAUAUAAAUAAAAAUAACAUAAAUAAAAAUGAUUAUUUUGAUAUAAGUAAAAUAAAAUUGUUGCCAUGCUCCAUACCAUUAAUAAUGAUAUUGUAUAAAUAUAUUUAUCAAAAAAUUAUGAAGAAAAAAGGUUCAGAUUUAUUUGUAUAUUUUUAUUUAAAUAAUAUUAUGUCUAAUAUAAAUUUAAAUAAAAUUAAAUGUGAAUUGCAUGAAAUGAGUUAUGAUUUAUAUUUUAAAAAUGAGGAAUUUGAAAACAGUAAUUGUUUUUUUACCUAUUCAAAAGAAAAUAACAAAUUAAUUAGCAAGAACUAUUAUCAUUGUUUUUCUCAUAAAAAUAAAAAUAACGAUAACUGUUUAAGAAAAAUUAGUUUAAAAAAUAUAUAUUUUGAAACAAUAAUAUGGAUAAAUUUAAGCGAAAUAUUGAUAUAUUUGAAAGUAAGUACAAAACUAAUUAUAUAUUUCUUUAAUAUAAUUAAUACUUACAUAAAAUUUUACUUAAGUUUAAAUAAUAAUAAUAAUUACUAUAAUUUUGAGAAUACUACUUUUUUCUAUAAUUUAACACAUCAAUUUAUGUGUUUAAAAUGUUUAUAUCUGUUUUAUUUAUAUUCAAAGUAUAAAAAAAAAUACAAGAAUGUUCAUUAUAAAAGAAAAAAAUUAAAAAAUAUAUACUAUUUCAUGGAAAUGAAAUAUUUUUUUAAUAAUUUUAAAAAUAAAAGAUCACUUUUCAAUAAAAAAGAUUUAUAUACAAAAAUGCUUUUUUUUGAAAAUGAAUCGAAGAUUCAUAAUUUCAAGAUGAAAAUAUUUUAUCAACCAAAGAUUGUUUUAGAUAAUAAUUGUGUAUCUUUUAAUGACAAAUUUUGUAAAAAUGAUUUUAAACUUUCUUUUCAUACAACGGAAAAGAAUGAAUUAAAAAAUAGUUAUUGGCCAUUUAAAAAGAUAAAAAAAAAGAAAUUUACCAUUGGGCAAAUUAAGAAUAAUGAUCAGUGUAAUGAAGAUAUAACAAAUUCAACGAAAAAAAAAAAAAAAGAAAUAAAAAAAAAUGAACAUUGUGAUAAAAAAAAAACUAAUAAAAGAGAAACAAAUAAAUUAUAUUUAAAUGAAGAAAAUUUAUUUAACUCCUUUAAUUUAGAAGAUAGCACAAAAAAUAGACAAAAAAUAUAUAGGCUAAUAAAAAAUAUAAAAAUUUAUUUAUCCUUACUAAAUAAAAUUUAUUAUAAUGAUAGAAAAGUAAAAAUUUUAUAUGCUAGAUACUAUUUUUUAAAAAAAAAAUAUUUAAGAGUUAUAAGCAUUUUAUCAUUAUUAAAUAAUCAUUACAAACAAGUGAAUUAUUAUGUUAAGGGCAAAAAAAAGGGGUAUAGUAUAAAUGAAGAAAAGAGCAAUGAUUCAUUAAAAGGGAAGCUCUCCGGAAACCAAUUUUUUUUUCAUUUGAACAAUCAAACUGAUUUUAUUUAUGAAUAUUUAAAUAUAUAUAUGUAUUAUCAGUCGUAUUAUAAAAUAAAAAAUUAUAAAAAAUCUUCUUACUACAAAAAAAUUUUAAAUAUAAUUUUUUUAAAUUGCCCUAUUAUACCAUUUAAUUUAUUUCCUUUUAUAAAUCUUUAA